AUGCUGCUACUGCAAACUCCACCACCCCCACCUUUGCCACUGGCAACAGACUCCAAUCCACCCUCGCCAACAGAAUCCACCUCACCCGAUCCCAAUCCCCUUCCUCCACCAAUGUUGACCGCAACCAACGCAAAUAAAUCACAACCACCACCACAUUCACAACAGCAACAUGCUAAAAAACACAAUAGUCAGAAACAGCAGCACCAACUUCAACCACCAUUAAAUAGCAACAACAAAACGACAUGUCCCUGCUGCAGGUCGACAACACAAUUGCCCAACGACAACAGCAACACUUUUCCGACGACCCAGAACAAUCAUCAUCUGCUGCAAUUGGGCGGUGAUGGUAAUGCCAACGAUUUAGUACUGAGCGCUUUGCGACACCAGCGUGACCUGUUCAGUGGGCCCUCGUUAGGAAUUCCGGAUGUUACGACUCGUGUGGGUAGUGUGAUUCACGCUUUCGAAACGAUGGCCCGCCAAAGGCAAGCCCUGGAACGGAGCGCUAGCGAGAAGCCGUACGAUUCAACCGUAGGACCUCGCUAUCGCUCACACAGGUCGUCCAAUGUGAAACGAGUCAAUGAUAGCCGCCAUAAAAUCAUUCUACCCACCCCGAAAGUGUCCCUUUCCUCCUUUGAUCCAUCCAUUUUGGCCAACACCCCGGCCACUGUACAGCAAUCCUAUACACAAUCCUCCGAUCCUCUAGAAGACCCCAGCGCAAACAACCAAAACCACCACAACAACAACAUCAUCAGCAUUGGUGGCACACACGAAAAUAGCAGUAGUAGUAAUAUUCUACAUAUUAAUAACAAUAAUUUAGGGCAGUACUUUCUUCCCUCGAAUAACCAUAAUAACCAUAGCCAUACGAUACCGAGAAGUUCUUUCCAGUCGCCAAUUGGCGGCCCUGAGACGCAUUACAAUCUGCCAAACGAAAAUGAUUCAAGCAACUUCGACUCGUUGAAUCUGGACGAUGAUUACCGUAAAAGCUCUUUUGGCAAACAGUCAAAACUCCAACCGCCGACAUCGACGACGGGAACGUUCGGUCGCAAUCAGCAUGUAAAUGAUGGCGCUACUACUGGCACUAGCACCAACUACCCCAACCCCUCGAAUUCAAAUGGCAACUUCAGCAGAAACAAUCCGAAUGUGUUUUUCAACGCGACGCCACCACUGUCUCAACCGCAGCAGCAGCAGCUUCCGGAAAAGGAAGUCCCGGUGGACAGAAAGCAGACGUCGUCCCCAGUGGCGGCAAUGCCACAGGGAACACAAACGCACACCAUGCGCUAUUACAACAACCACGAUAACAAGAACAACAACAACAAUAAUAAUAGUAGUAGUAGUAAUCGACGCCCCAGACCGACGUCUUCUACAGGCAUCGCCACACUGCUGCUGGGAAGUGGCAAUCUCGCAACCGACGAUAACGACGCCGAUAACAACAAUGACAAAUUCCUUCGCGGCACCACAGUCAGUCAAUCAUUCAUCAAGAACGUGAAGAACAUGCGAAGGAAGUCCUCCUCAUACGAUCUUCAAAGUGCCAACGCGGCUGCUCUUGGGAGUGGAAUCGGUGCCGGCAACGGUAAUUCCUCCGCCGCAAAUUCCGGCCUCAAACGAAGCGGGGCCGCCCUAAUGACGACAGCUGCUAGACACCUCUACAGACGUGCCAUCCAGCAAAAGGGCAGCCAUGGUGGGGCUGGCUCUGAUAAUGACACUGAUGAAUUAACCGCUUCUAGCAUCAACAACAACAACAACCAUCAGGCUAAGCCAGCCCGGGAUGUCGACCGAAGCCAGCAACGUGGUUCAACCGGCACAGGCACAGGUAAGCGCAGCACUAAAACCUUCCUACCCAGGACGCUAGAUAGGGCGGAAAUUUGA